CUCCACUGGCGGUGCUUGAGCCGCAAUGUGAACGCCAUGUGACCUAGCUCCAGAUCAGAAGCUACUCGCAAACGGCCCGAGACCACCAAGCCUCUGUAUGUCUCUCAUCUAUAAGGAGCCAUACCGAGAGGAAACCAUGUGCUAUAAGAAUCCGCCGGUUGUGUUGCUCCAACAUGCUCUCUUAUUCCCAGCACCAGCGCUUGGUGUCAUGAUUGAGAUGGUGGCCUAUAAUUCCGACACGAUGCUGAAAGCUCAAUUUCUUCGCACAUGCCUUCAUCGAAUGGACGGCUUCCCAGACAUACGAUGCCCUGUCUGCUUAGACGAUCUCGACGAGAACCACUAACCUGUCCAGAUCAUCAACCACCCAACCUGCCGCCAUAUUUUCGGUGAGAAAUGCCUACUCAAAUGGCUCCAGCACUCGCACACCUGUCCCUGCUGCCGCGCCGUG